AUGGGAGCUGCACUCACCUUGUGUCCCUCCCUGCAGUGCUCGGUGUCCUGCGGCCGGGGCGUCCAGCGCCGCUCCGUGCAGUGCCACAGCAGCAGCAGCAGCAGCCCCAAGGAGGCCGAGUGUGACCCGGCCAGCCAGCCCCCUCCUCAGCGGGACUGUCACCUCCCCCCGUGCCCCACGCACCGCUGGUCAGCCGGGGAAUGGCAGGCGUGCACCAAGACGUGCGGGGAGGCGUCGCGGUUCCGCGAGGUGCUGUGCGUGGACGAGGAGGAGCAGCCGCAGAGCAGCGGCCGCUGCGAGCCCAGCGAGCGCCCGGCCGAGGUGCAGAGCUGCGCGCUGCCGCCCUGCGAGUACAUCUGGAUCACCGGAGAGUGGUCAGAGUGCUCCGUCACGUGCGGGAAGGGCUACAGGCAGCGCCUCGUGUCCUGCAGUGAGAUCUACACCGGGAAGGACCACUAUGAGUAUGGCUACCAGAACAUGGUCAACUGUCCUGGCACACAGCCCCCCAACAUCCAGCCCUGCUACCUCGGAGAGUGCCCCAUCUCGGCCUCCUGGCGCGUCGGCAACUGGGGAAGCUGCUCUGUCACCUGUGGAGUUGGGGUCAUGCACCGCUCAGUGCAGUGUUUGACCAACGACGACCAGCUCAGCAGCUUGUGCCACGUGGACCUGAAACCUGAAGAGAGGAGGACAUGUCACAAUGUCCAUGACUGUGACUUACCGAGGAGUUGCAAAGAUGUUAAAAAUCUUGAAGGUGUCACUGAAGAUGGUGAAUAUUUCCUGCAAAUCAAAGGAAAGACAUUAAAGGUGUAUUGCUCUGGGAUGCAGACUGACAGCCCAAAGGAGUAUGUGACCCUUGUAAACGGGGAUGCAGAGAAUUUUUCAGAGGUGUAUGGAUACAGAUUGCAUAACCCGACCGAGUGUCCGUAUAACGGGAGCAGACGAGAAGACUGCCAGUGUAGGAAAGAUUACACAGCAGCUGGGUUUUCCUCCUUCAGCAAACAACUGAUUUACAGUUUGCACAGACACAUGAUGGACGACCUGUUCCUUAUGCCACUGCUGGGGACUGCUACAGCGCUGCCAAAUGCCCGCAGGGUCGAUUCAGCAUAGACCUGUAUGGGACAGGCCUG